GCGUUUCGUACUCCGACUCGUCACACUCUUCAAUGCAAAAGUGUAUUCUAUUCUGGUUGAAUCAUCUGGGUCUUUUUUUGUUUUUUUUUAAUUGUUUUAGUUGAAUCUCUGUAAAUUUCUUUCAUGGACAAACUCAAAAAAUCCUUCAAAUCUAGUCCUGAUCAACGCCCUGAAGAACGCCAAAUUCUCUUAAACCAAAGUGAAAAUCCCAUGGCAUCCCAGUCCGAUGAUCAAGGUGACACUAAAGAUCUGGUCAUCAAAAUCAAUGGCAAAGAAAACACCAAAGAAACUGAGCUUGUUUCAAAGUUAUCGUCGCCGUCGCCGUCGCCGUCUCCGUCUAACGGUCGAGGAAACGAUACGACCAGCACGAUAUGGCGAGACUCUAGCUAUGAUUUCUCAAACGAUGCGACAGCAGCGAAAGUUGGGAAAGAGUUCGACUUUGUUAAGACGGAUUCGCCGUUAUCUCAACGUUCGCCACUAUCGCGAAUUGCUGAGAGUCCAAACCACGGUCAGCUUUCGGCAAGGGAAGUUAGGGUUUCGUUUAACGAGGCCACGACUGAACCUGUUCGAAGACGGUCCAAUGCUAGCAGUGAACGCGUUGGUGGCGAACAAGGAGAGAUUUUAGUGUGCAGUUCGAACUCGUCGUUUCGGCAAAAAUCAAACUUACUGAGUACGAAGACGAAGUCGAGGUUGAUGGACCCACCUGAAGAUCAGAGGUCUCAGAGGCUCAUGAAGUCUGGAAUGAUCGGAAAAGGUAGUGAACUUGACGAAGAUGACCCUUUCUUGGAGGAAGAUAUACCGGAGGAGUACAAGAAGAUGAGGUUCAGUACAUUGACUGUGCUUCAAUUGGUGAGCUUAAUUUUGAUAAUUGCUGCUUUGGUUUGUAGCCUUACAAUCCCAAUUUUAAGAAGGAAAAUGAUAUUUGAUCUUGAGUUGUGGAAAUGGGAGGUUCUGGUUCUGGUUUUGAUCUGUGGAAGACUGGUGUCGGGUUGGGGAAUUCGGGUCGUUGUUUUCUUUAUUGAGCGUAAUUUCCUGCUUCGAAAGCGUGUUUUGUAUUUCGUUUAUGGGUUGAGGAACGCUGUGCAGAACUGUAUUUGGUUGGGUUUAGUUUUGAUUGCUUGGCAAUGCAUUUUUGAUAAGAGAGUUGAGAGGGUGACCAAUGCGAAUAUCUUGCGUUAUGUAACCAAGAUUUGGAUCUGUCUUUUGGUGGGUACAUUGAUUUGGCUUCUGAAAACACUUCUUGUGAAGGUUCUUGCCUCAUCUUUCCAUGUUAGUACAUUUUUUGAUCGGAUUCAGGAGUCUUUGUUUAAUCAGUAUGUGAUUGAGACACUCUCGGGUCCACCAUUGAUUGAAAUUCAGCAAGAACAGGAAGAGGAGGAGAGUGUCAUGGCUGAGGUUCAAAAAUUUCAGAAUGCUGGGGUGUCUGUUCCUGCAGACCUGAGGGCAAAUGUUUUUCCAAAGAGUGGGAAAGUGAUAGGGGGUGGAACACCUCGAAAGACCCCCAAGGCUUCUACUGCAAAGAGUCCUAUAUUUUCCAGGGUCAUGUCUAAGAAGGAGAAGGAAGAGGAAGGAAUUACAAUUGACCACUUACACAGAUUGAAUCAGAACAAUAUUUCAGCUUGGAAUAUGAAGAGGUUGAUGAAUAUUGUCCGAAAAGGGGUACUAUCGACUUUAGAUGAGCAACUGCAAGACUCAACUAGGGAGGAUGAGUCUACAGUGCAAAUUACAAGUGAAAACCAGGCAAAAGCUGCAGCCAAGAAGAUAUUCUGCAAUGUGACUAAGAGAGGGUCUAAACAAAUAAACCUGGAGGAUCUGAUGCGCUUUAUGAGGGAAGAUGAAGCAUUGAAGACUAUUCAUCUCUUUGAAGGAGCAAGCGAAAGCAAGGGCAUAAGCAAGCGAGCUCUUAAAAAUUGGGUGGUCAAUGCAUUCCGAGAACGGAGAGCCCUUGCUUUGUCUCUCAACGACACAAAAACAGCUGUAAACACACUCCACCAUAUGUUGAAUGUCCUUGUGGGAAUGGUCAUAGUGGUUAUCUGGCUUCUUAUACUCAAGGUUACCACUACCCAUUUCCUUAUCUUUUUAAGCUCCCAGCUUCUUUUGGUGGUCUUCAUGUUUGGAAACACAUGCAAGACAACAUUUGAGGCAAUCAUUUUCUUAUUCGUAAUGCAUCCAUUUGAUGUGGGUGAUCGCGUUGAAGUGGAAGGAGUUCAGAUGAUAGUCGAAGAGAUGAAUAUAUUGACAACGGUUUUUCUGAGGUAUGAUAACCAGAAGAUCAUAUAUCCAAAUGCAGUACUAUCUACCAAACCCAUCAGUAAUUAUUAUCGCAGUCCAGAUAUGGGAGAUGCAAUUGACUUUUGUAUCCAUAUCUCAACUCCCAUGGAAAAGAUUGCUAUGAUGAAAGAGAGAAUAACGAGGUAUAUUGAAAAUAAGAGCGAGCACUGGUACCCAGCUCCGAUGAUAGUCCUGAGGGACGUGGAGGACAUGAACAGGCUGAAAAUAUCAUUGUGGCUUUCACACACAAUGAACCACCAGGACAUGGGUGAGAGGUGGGCAAGGAGGGCUCUUUUGAUUGAGGAGAUGAUCAAAGUGUUCACGGAGCUUGAUAUUCAAUACCGAAUGCUGCCCUUUGACGUUAAUGUGCGACAAAUGCCAGCUCUGACUUCAAACAGGCUUCCCUCCACUUGGGCUGUUUGUGCUAGCUGAUCAUACAUGAAAAAUGAGCAGUCUGCGAUUUCAUGUCAGAUGUUGGACAUGUAGCAGCAAUGCUCGUUGGAUCAGGAGGGGGAAGUACUAGGUAUUGGGAGGUUUAGACUGCGAACCGUACAUUGUGACCUUGAUUAGAAAAAGGGGCAAUAUCAAUGUUGCAUUCAGACAUGCACAUGAGUUUUCUAGCCUGGUAACAUCAUAUAGCACAUAUAGGAUAGAUUUAUGCGGAUAUAUCUGUGUGUGUGGGCAAAGUAUUAUUUUUCUUAUUCGAAGUUUUCUAUGCUGAAGAGUGAAUACAUUCGAAAUUUGAGGUCAAUUAUCUAGAGUGUGAGAUUUGUGGUGAUAUUAGUCAUAUACCUAAAAUAGGAUAGACUGUAUGGAACGAUGUAUCUGGUAUACUUUGUGAGAGAUGCGCAACUCUUAAAUUGAAGAGAAAACUAUAUCAUAAAGUCACAAGACCUGUCAUGUUUUAGGGUAUUGAAUAGUGGACAAUUAAGAAACAAUAUGUUCGGG